CCCGCGCCAUUUUGUCCCUCUCUUGUAGCCGGUGUUUGUUGUGUUCGUCUAGAAGAAAAUAUGAGUCGGGGAAGAUCUGAAACCACCACGAAAGUGUUUGUGGGCAGCUUACCCCCAAAUGUCACCACCGAGGACCUCAGAAGCUUAUUCGAGCCCUACGGCGCCAUCGCGGAAUGCGAUAUUUCAAAUCGAUGUGGAUUUCUCCACCUCGAAGAUCAGGACCUGGCCAUGAAAGCGAUACAGGAUCUGAACGGCAUGGAAUUCAUGGGCGGCAAGAUUUCCGUCGAGAAAGGCAGAGUUAAACCGCGACGAUCGGGCGGCGGUGGUGGUGGUGGCCCCAUGAGGGGCGGCAAAGAACGCGGCGGUCCGUACGCACGAGGCGGUGGUGCCGGAGGUGGUGGUGACUUCCGUGGCGGUUCAAGAAAUGGUUUCGGUGGCAGGGGAGAAUAUCCUGGUUAUUCAGGAGACAGGUUCGGAGGCUAUGACAGACCACCACAAAGAGGAGGUUUUGAUAGAGGUGGAUAUGGAGGUGAUAGAAGAGGUGGUGGAGGUGGAUAUGAAGACAGAAGAGGAGGUGGCGGCGGAGGCGUCGGAUAUGGCGGCGACAGAGGUUUUCCUGCCCUAGCUGGGUAUGGUGAGCGCCACUACGACGAUCGUCAGGGCGGUGGCUUCCCCGACGACCGACGGGGUGGUGUGUAUGACCGUCGUCCCGUCGGUGGUGAGGUGCCGGGUGUGCGUGGUAGCGGUGACUUGUUCAGUCGUCGCGACCAAGGACCCCCGGUCGGUCCCAAGCAAGGCGCCGGUGUCGGCGGAUAUGGAGACCGCAGCAGCGUCGGCUACGGUGACCGAGGUGCUGUCGGCGGUGGCGGCGGUUACGGCGCACCAAGCGGGGGUGGCAGUUACAACGGUUAUGGUGGUGGAUACGGCGCUAGUGCCAACGGCGGAUACGGACAGUCCACUGGAACCGGCGGUUACGGUGCCGCGUCGCAGGGAGGAUACGGUGACGCCCGGGGAGGAUAUGGUGGUGGUUCCGCCAGCAACUAUGGUUCUGGUGGCGCCGGCUACGUAGACAGCUACGGAUCUGGGGGCGGUGGUGUGGGUCGUGCAUACGACACCGCCUAUCCCCCGUUGCCGCAACAAAGAGGUGGUGGAGGUUUUGCGAGCGGCGGCGCCCCAGGCGGUCCCCGUAGAGACAUGGCCCCCGGAAGAAGGUUCUAAGAAUGGUGUUAACAAGUUAGAUGCCCGUUGCGUGUUGUCCUAUACCCUACUGCGGUUGCGCACGCGGCUUUCUUUGACACAUCGGCAAAUUAAUUUACGUGAAACAAUCAUGGUUAUACAUUGUUGCGUCGCACAGUCAAGUUUUAUUUAGGAAAAGCACAUUAUGUGUUUGCAGUUGCAAGUGGAUCGUUGCUCAUUUUUGUACCUAGCCAUUAUACAGGGUGUUUUAAAAUGUACACUAUUGCUGAUUUCUCCUGUAUGUUACUAGUAGUUUAUCGGGUGAAUUAGUAAAUUAGUAGCAUUUUUUACAUUGUUUAUAGCGGCGGAAACUGAUUAAUUUAUUACUCAUAAUAUGUUUGAGUUAUUUGUAGAUAUAUACUAUUUUUUAAGGUAAACACCCUGUAUAUUUUUAUGAUUAAACGUAUAAAAAUUAAUUGUGAAUGAAUGUUGUUGAUAUUAUGUCGUAUUAAUUUUGACAUAAAUAAAGUUAAGAGUAAUUGAGUUUUGGUGUUUGUAGUUAUGAGUUUUCGUUUGACUCGUUCUCCACGUAGAGGUAUAUGCGUUUACAUAAACCACAUUCGGUUUCGCAAGGAGAUUUAUCCAAUUUGACGUUCAGAUAGUUGAUGAAUCAAAAAACUUGCGGAAUGUUGGCGCCAUUGUAGUCGGUGUAAGAAAUGCUCCUGGUUUGUUAAUUUAACCUAGCCUCUAUAGUAAUGAAUUGAGCAAUAGUCGUAGACUAUAUAAUACCCUUUAUAUGGUACUUUUUAUUUGACGGACUUUUAUUGGAUACAUUUUUAUUAAUUUUGGAAUUAUGUAAGUUUUCUUUAUUGUCGAUGUAAUUUGUGAAUUUUGACAUUCACAUAUUUUUUAUACAAUAAAUUGUGCAGUAAAUGCAAUACA